CCACCUCCACGUCCACCAUCACGACACCAGACACGCAAAACAUAUCAACCACAGCUCGGCGCUCGGCGCAACACUGACAUGACAUCGCACUAGCGAAUAUCAGGGGACAAGAUGCACAUCAAACAGAUCAUCAUCCAGGGCUUUAAGUCGUACAAGGACCAGACCGUCAUCGAACCCUUCUCCCCCAAACACAAUGUCAUCGUCGGCCGCAAUGGUUCCGGCAAGAGCAACUUCUUCGCCGCCAUUCAGUUCGUCCUCAGUGACCGCUAUACCCAGCUGUCACGUGAGGAACGUCAGGCUCUCCUCCAUGAAGGCAGCGGGGCGGCGGUGAUGAGUGCGUAUGUGGAGAUCAUCUUCGAUAACAGUGACGCCCGCUUCCCCGUCGACACCGAAGAGGUUGUGCUUCGACGAUCCAUCGGCCAGAAAAAGGAUGAGUACAGUCUCAACCGCAAGAACACCACCAAGCAGGAGGUCAUCAAUUGCCUCGAGACGGCCGGCUUCAGCCAGAAGAACCCUUACUACAUCGUCCCCCAAGGUCGCAUCACCGCCAUCACCAAUAUGCCUGACUCGGGUCGUCUUGGCAUCCUCAAAGAGGUGGCCGGCACAACGACAUACGAUCAGCGACGCGCCGAAAGCAACAAGAUCAUGGAUGAUACUGCUUUCAAGCGCGAGAAGAUCGACGAGGUGCUGACUACCAUCCGCGGCAGGCUGGCGGAGCUUGAAGAGGAGAAGGAGGAGCUGCGAGAGUUCCAAGAGAAGGAUCGUGAGCGGAGAUGUCUUGAGCACACCAUCUACCGCCGUGACCAAGAAGCAUUGGAGGAGUUUAUUGAUAAGCUUAAGGAGGAGCGUGAGGGCGGUGUGGAGCAGACCGAUGACAACCGUGAGGCUCUGGAUCGUAGUGAAUUGGAGCUUGAGAAGAUUGAAGCGGAGAUGACCGGGCUGCAGUCCCAGAUCAAGCUACUGACCGAAGAGCGCGCGCAGCUUGACGACGAGCGCAAGGACACGGCCAAGCAAAAGGCAAAGAUCGAGCUCGACGUGCAGACCAUGAUCGACAACCAGAAUGCUGCACAGCAAGCUCGCGCACAGCAUAGCAACGAUCUGCGCCAAGUGCAGGAGCAGAUGCAGCAACGCGAAGCUGAGCUCGCGGAGAUUCUACCGGAGUAUGAAGCGAAGAAGCAAGAAGAGCGCGCAAUCAAGCACCAGAUUAGUGAUGCCGAGGCGACGCUCAGCCGACUAUACGGCAAGCAAGGUCGCCAGAGUCAGUUCAGAUCAAAGCGUGAGCGAGACGACUGGCUCCGCACGGAGAUCAAGGCCAUCAACAUGACCUUGGCCACCCGCAAAGCCGUUGCCAUGCAGAUCAAUGAAGACAUCGCUGAGCUCGAAGGCCAGAUUCAGCAGCUGGAAGCGAGCAUCGCCGAGAUCAGAACCCGCAUUGAGAACCGUGGCGACGAGCAGCAGAGCAUCUCCACCGAGGUCACUCGCGCGAAAGAGGAGCGUGACCGUUUGAUGGACCAGCGCAAAGAGUUGUGGCGAGAAGAAGCCAAACUUGACUCAGUCAUUGAGAACGCAAAGGCCGAGUUGGACAAGGCUGAGAGGUUCCUAAGCCACAUGAUGGAUCAGAACACCAACCGCGGCCUCCGAAACGUCCGCCGGGUUGUUCGUGAGCACAACAUUCAAGGUGCUUACGGCACGCUUGGCGAGCUGUUCGACUUCAACGAAAAGUACAAAACCGCCAUCGAAGUCACUGCCGGCACGUCCCUCUUCCACUACGUCGUCGAUACUGAUGACACCGCAACCCGCAUCCUUGAGAUUUUGAAGAAAGAGCAGGGUGGUCGCGUGACUUUCAUGCCUCUCAAUCGUCUCAGGGCCACACCUGUCAACAUCCCAAAAACGAGCGAUGCCGUUCACCUCGUGACAAAGCUCAGAUACGACCCCAUGUUCGAUGCGGCCUUCCAGCAGGUUUUCGGCAAAACCAUCGUUUGCCCGAAUAUCUCCAUCGCUUCUCAAUACGCACGCUCGCACAAGCUGACGGGCAUCACUCCUGAAGGUGAUCGCUCCGACAAGAAAGGCGCGCUAACGGGAGGCUAUCAUGACACCCGCAAGUCACGCACAGAUGGCAUGAAGCGGGAGAAGCGUGCUCGCGAGGAGUACGAGCAGCACUUUACCCGCAAGCAGGAGAUUCGGGAAGAGCUUAGUGCUCUCGAUCAGCAGGUCACGAAAGCCUUGAGCAAUCUGCAAAAGGUGGAGCAGCGCCGCUUGCAGCUCGACAGCGGCUACGGUCCUCUUCGCGACGAGCUGAGACGCCGUGAGCAGGAGCUCAGCAACAAGCGUGAUGAGCUGGACCGUAAGCAGCAGUCUCGUGAGAACGUUGGAGACCUCGUGCGCACAUUGGGCGAGCAGCAGUCCGGCUAUGAGAAGGAGCUGGCUAGUGACUUUAAGAAAGCGCUGUCCAAUGCCGAAGAACAGGAGCUUGAGAGUCUGAACAGCCAGCUGCCCGAACUUAGGAAGCGGCACGCGCAACUGGAAAGCGAGAGAAUGGAGCUAGAAAGCAGAAAGACAGCGAUCGAGUUCGAGCUGCGGGAGAAUCUGCGCUUGCGUUUCGAUCAACUCCAAGCUACCGAUCUCGAUGCCGACACUGACGCCUCUGUCACUGGCAUCAGCAGCAACAGCGCCCGCCUGAAAGAGCGCCAACGCGACCUGAAGCGCAUCACGCAAACCCUUGAAACCAUCCAAGCCAAGCUGGCUGAGAAUGAGUCCGCAAUUGAAGAAACACAACAGCAACUUCAAACCCUGCAAGCCACCCACUCUACUAAGGCUCAGGAGAUCGACACCCUCCGCCGCGCCAUCCGCAACUACCAAAAGUCCAUCGAAAAGGGCGCCCAGAAGCGCGCAGCACUACAAACCCGUCUUGCUGAAGUUCAAGCCCAGAUCCGCUCACUCGGCGUACUUCCGCAAGCCGCUUUCCAAAAGCCCUACACCGACAUGAACCAAAAUGUUGCGACGGCUCGCCUGCAUAAAGUACAAGAAGCGCUCAAGAAGUUCGGGCAUGUGAACAAGAAGGCGUUCGAGCAGUUUGCGCAGUUCGAGACGCAGCGGGAAGGGCUGGAAAAGCGACUGGAGGAGUUGGCGAAGAGUGACGAGAGUAUUCGGGAGUUGAUUGAGCAUCUCGACCGCGUAAAAGACAAAGCGAUUCUACGAACGUUUCAACAGGUAAGCAUGGAGUUCGCACAUAUCUUUGAGCGCCUCGUACCCGCUGGGAAGGGGCGGUUAAUCAUCCAGCGCCGACCCGGACUCGCCGCCGCCAACGAAGCAGAAGCCGAAAUGGGCGAAGAGGACGACGAUGGCGGCGCCAGAGGCGGGAUGGGCAUAGAGAACUACAUUGGCAUUGGCAUCUCCGUCUCUUUCAACAGUAAAGCAGACGAACAACAGCGCAUCCAGCAGCUCUCCGGCGGGCAGAAGUCGCUCUGCGCGUUGGCCUUCAUCUUCGCCAUCCAAGCCGCCGAUCCGGCACCCUUCUACCUUUUCGACGAGAUCGACGCGAAUCUUGAUGCGCAAUACCGGACCGCGGUGGCGCAGGAAUUGCAGCGGAGUGCCAACAGAGGCACGAGAAAGGAUGGCAGUACGGAGGGAGAAACGGGCGGGUCGACGCAGUUCAUUUGCACCACCUUCCGGCCGGAGAUGUUAUUGGUGGCGGAGAAGUGCUACGGGGUUAGUUAUUUGAGGAAAGCGAGUAGGAUUGAUGUUGUGAGUCGCGAGGAUGCGGUUGGAUUUGUUGAAGGGCAAAUCAGUGGGGGUGGUGCGAGGUGAGCGGUCAGAAACUUGUACGGGUAGGUGUAGAAUAUUGCUGCUGGGCUUUUGAGGAAGGGGCGUUCAAUGGGGGAGAAGAUACCCAGUGCGGAAUUUCCAAACGAACAAUGCGAAUGCCGGCGCCUGCACUGCAGACGCAAUUGGCGCCUUCCUGCGGUAUCCUU